CCUGUAGGAGACAAGGGGAAGUGAGGGAGGAAAGGAAACGAGCGGGGGAUACGAGAAACGGAAGGGACGCAGCCGCAGUCGAGGCUGUCUGUGUCCAUCUCACACCCGCGGUUUUGGGUCUAUUUCCCGUCAUUUAUUCGCCUACGUGAAUUUCCCUCCGGAAAAGGCGCAGCGCGCGCGCGAAUCCCAGUUCGGCAGCGGCUCCGUGUCGUCGGGAGGAGAGCUCCACCAUGAGUGUCGAGGCGUACGGGCCGAGCUCUCAGACUCUCACGUUCCUGGACACAGAGGAGACCGAGCUGCUGGGAGCGGACACCCAGGGCUCCGAGUUCGACUUCACCGAUUUCACGCUGCCGAGCCAGACGCAGACGCAGGGGCAGACCCAGAGUCAGCUGGACAGCCAGGUGAAUGGACCCGACGGAGCGCUGCAGAAUGGAGACGAUCCUGUGGUGAAAGCCACCCAGCUGCUGGCAGAGUUGAACUUUGAGGAGGAUGAGGAGGACACGUACUACACCAAGGACCUUCCGGUGCACGCCUGCAGUUACUGCGGCAUUCACGAUCCGGCCUGCGUGGUCUACUGCAACACCAGCAAAAAGUGGUUCUGUAAUGGCCGUGGAAACACAUCGGGCAGCCACAUUGUAAACCACCUGGUGAGAGCAAAGUCCAAGGAGGUGACCCUGCAUAAGGACGGACCUCUGGGGGAAACUGUUCUGGAGUGCUACAACUGUGGCUGUCGGAACGUGUUCCUGCUGGGCUUCAUCCCUGCCAAGGCGGAUUCAGUAGUGGUGUUACUAUGCAGGCAGCCAUGUGCCAGCCAGAGCAGCCUGAAAGACAUCAACUGGGACAGCUCCCAGUGGCAGCCUCUCAUUCAGGACCGCUGCUUCCUGUCCUGGCUGGUCAAAAUCCCCUCGGAGCAGGAGCAGCUGAGGGCCCGUCAGAUCACGGCCCAGCAGAUCAACAAGCUGGAGGAGCUUUGGAAGGACAACCCCACUGCAACCUUGGAGGAUCUGGAGAAGCCUGGCGUGGAUGAGGAGCCCCAACGUGUCCUGCUUCGCUAUGAGGAUGCCUAUCAGUACCAGAACAUCUUCGGUCCUCUUGUAAAGCUGGAAGCUGACUAUGAUAAGAAACUCAAAGAGUCUCAGACUCAAGACAACAUUACGGUCAGAUGGGACUUGGGACUAAAUAAAAAAAGAAUUGCAUAUUUUACUCUUCCCAAGACAGAUUCAGAUAUGCGGUUGAUGCAGGGGGAUGAAAUUUGCCUGAGAUACAAAGGAGACUUGGCUCCUCCAUGGAAAGGCAUAGGGCAUGUCAUUAAAGUCCCCGACAACUAUGGUGAUGAGAUUGCCAUAGAGUUGAGGAGCAGUGCUGGGGCUCCAGUGGAGAUCCCUCAUAACUUUCAGGUGGACUUUGUAUGGAAGUCUACUUCCUUUGACAGAAUGCAAAGUGCUCUCAAGACGUUUGCUGUUGAUGAGACCUCCGUGUCUGGCUACAUUUACCACAAACUGCUAGGACACGAGGUCGAGGACGUGGUCAUCAAGUGCCAACUGCCCAAACGCUUCACUGCUCAGGGCCUACCCGAUCUGAACCACUCUCAGGUGUAUGCAGUUAAGACGGUGCUGCAGCGUCCGCUCAGUCUGAUCCAGGGUCCUCCUGGCACAGGAAAGACAGUGACCUCUGCUACAAUUGUCUACCACCUGGCUAGACAGGGCAAUGGACCGGUGCUGGUAUGUGCUCCCAGUAACAUUGCGGUCGACCAGCUAACAGAAAAGAUCCACCAGACUGGACUUAAGGUGGUCAGGCUGUGUGCCAAGAGCAGGGAGGCCAUUGACUCGCCUGUUUCUUUUUUGGCUCUGCACAACCAGACCCGUAACAUGGACAGCAUGCCGGAGCUCCAAAAGCUCCAGCAGUUGAAGGAUGAGACCGGAGAGCUGUCCUCCUCCGACGAAAAACGCUACCGGGCUCUGAGGCGCACAGCUGAGAGGGAGCUGCUUAUGAAUGCUGACGUGAUUUGCUGCACUUGUGUUGGAGCAGGGGAUCCUCGUCUGGCUAAGAUGCAGUUCCGCUCAAUUCUGAUUGAUGAAAGCACUCAGGCCACUGAACCAGAGUGUAUGGUGCCGGUUGUUCUAGGGGCCAAGCAGUUGAUUCUGGUGGGUGAUCAUUGCCAGCUGGGUCCUGUGGUGAUGUGUAAAAAGGCUGCUAAAGCAGGCCUGUCGCAGUCUCUGUUUGAGCGUCUGGUUGUUUUGGGGAUACGGCCGAUCCGCCUGCAGGUCCAGUACCGAAUGCACCCAGCCCUCAGCGCCUUCCCCUCCAACAUCUUCUACGAAGGCUCUCUGCAGAAUGGAGUUACUGCUGGCGACCGUGUGAAGAAAGGCUUUGACUUCCAGUGGCCGCAGCCUGACAAGCCAAUGUUCUUUUAUGUCACGCAAGGCCAAGAAGAAAUCGCCAGCUCUGGAACAUCCUAUCUCAACAGGACCGAAGCAGCUAAUGUUGAAAAGAUCACCACAAGGUUGCUGAAGGCUGGAGCAAAGCCUGACCAGAUUGGCAUCAUUACUCCCUAUGAGGGUCAGAGGUCCUACCUGGUCCAGUACAUGCAGUUCAGUGGCUCCUUACAUACCAAACUCUACCAGGAGGUGGAGAUAGCCAGUGUGGAUGCAUUUCAGGGCAGAGAGAAAGAUUUCAUCAUACUGUCCUGUGUGAGAGCCAAUGAGCACCAAGGCAUUGGCUUCCUCAACGACCCCAGGCGUCUGAAUGUUGCACUUACGAGGGCCAGAUAUGGUGUGAUCAUUGUGGGGAAUCCCAAGGCCUUGUCCAAGCAGCCCCUGUGGAACCACCUGCUGAACUACUACAAGGAGCAGAAGGUCCUGGUGGAAGGCCCCCUCAACAACCUGAGGGAGAGCCUCAUGCAGUUCAGCAAGCCGCGCAAGCUGGUCAACACCAUCAACCCUGGCGGGCGAUUCAUGAGCACGGCGAUGUAUGACGCCAGGGAGGCCCUCAUUCCUGGAUCUGUUUAUGAUUGCAGUAGCAAUGGGCGUUCAUCCAACAUGUACUUCCAGACCCAUGACCAGAUCGGUAUGAUUGGCACAGGCCCCAGUCCCUUGACUUCUAUGAACAUCCCCAUCCCGUUUAACCUUGUGAUGCCACCCAUACCUCCUUCUGGGUACAUGGGACAGGUGAAUGGGCCCAGUACAGGUCGUGGAGGAGGUACGAAGGGCAAGGCCGGAGGCGGAGGAGGCAGCGGGACCCGAGGUGGUCGUCAAAGAAACCGCGGCAACACGGGCAACCAUGGUGGAGCGGACCGUGGGCAUGGAGGACACAUGAGCGGCAGCCAGGCCAGCCAGGACCUCGUCUCCCAGCCGUUCUCUCAGGGGCCUCUGACACAGGGCUACAUCAAUAUGAGCCAGCCGUCACAGAUGAGUCAGCCUGGGCUCUCUCAGCCUGAGCUCUCCCAGGACAGUUACCUUGGAGAUGAGUUCAAGUCUCAGAUUGAUGUGGCUUUGUCCCAGGACUCCACCUACCAAGGGGAGCGGGCUUACCAACAUGGUGGUGUGACUGGACUGUCCCAGUACUAGACUGUUGAUGACAAGGAGCUAGGCCAGUGUGAAGCUUAGUUCAUCGGUAUUUUAAUCUGGGUAAUAACAAAUAAGAACAAACAAGAGUACCCGUUUUCCACUGCUACAACCGAAGCACCACUGUGUGAAAGUAACAGGAGAGAGACCGUGAGAAACCAACCAAUCACAAGAGUGAGAGCUGGGAGUAGGGCUGGACAGGAAGCGAGCAAGAGGAGAAAGGGGCGGAAGGAACCGUGGAGGCGAGACCGCAGCGCUGCUCACGUGACGACGUGGCGAAGAAGAAGAAGAAGGCAGGUUAUCGCCGGAGCAGCUGAGUUGGAGACACAAGACCUUCAACAGGUCAGGAGAGAGGGUGGAAGAGAGCGGAGGGGCUGUGAUCUAGUCCCUCGUGUGGCCCUGAACCCUCGGACCUCCAGACAGUGUGGUUGUGAAUCUUGCUCCAAAAGUUGAGACGGACGAAGAAGAGGCUCCUCACAAGUCCUGCAAGCGAACGCAGCGGGACGUCUCCUGUGACUGAGAGGGACAGAGGAAACAAGUGGACACAACUCGCAAAGCAGUUGACGUGGCGACUUUUAUUUUCUUAAACUCUUAGCUCAAAUCAAGGCCGUGCAUUCGAUCACAUCUACGCAUCCUGAAGACAGAGUGUGGCUAUAUGAGUGAACGCAGAAGUGCUUGUGGUGUAGUGCCUCUGAGUUGAAAUGUUGAGUGUGGAUCACAACGCCUCAGAUAAUUGACUUUUGUUUCUCAACUUUGAGUUGGAGAGUUCUCUUCAAGAAGAUGCUGUUUGCAUUGAGUGACGUGAGCUAGCGUAGUUGGCUGUCUUUCUUAGACCAAGCUGGUCUAGAGGGGUCGGAUUAUUUACAUAUGUAAGCCUGGCAGCAAAACAUCUGUGUCUCCAGAUCGUAGGAGGACGGCUGCACAGGAGGAGAGCAGAAGGGUGACGUUAAACCUCACUGAGCAGUUCAGAACUGCAGGAACCUGUCCAUCUGCUGACACUGAGGCUAGCAGCUAAUAACCACAUACAGUUGAAUGCAUUAAAGAAGUCAGAACACGAGAGCAGUGCUCUCCAAGGAGCCUUCUCCUCACACGUCAGCCACAUAAUGAGCUCAUUUGUCUACAUUAUAAGUGUGAUUAUCAGUGAGAGGUCACUUAUGAGCGUGAGUUUGAAAGCUUCUGAGGUCCAGUGGGACAAGAAAUAAGCUGAUAUCACAACGAUAUUUAAGAGUGUGUAAGUUAUGCUGUAUGGGGUUCAUAUAAUACAGCAGGAACAUGACCUAACAUCCAAACAUCAUGGAGCAGGUGUUUUCAUGAAGGUAGCGCUCGAGUCCAGAGGAGGUUGUUUCCUUUCUCUGGGGCUUCUAUAGAAAGGCAUGAACCGAUCAUGGUGUGUCGUGUGAAGCCCAAACCUCUGUAACUUAACCGUCCUUGUGUGUGUUUGUGUUUGUUUUCUUUGCACUUUGUUUCUCUGAUUUGCUUCCAUUGUGUGUUUUAACUUAAAACUGAAUAGUCACUUAGUUCUGAUUCUUGGUACAUCGCUGUUUACGGUUCAUCAGUUUUAGAGAAGAGCUGGAGCUAAAUCAGAUUUUCUUUUGCAAAACAUUUAUUUAUUAAGCUUUGUAUUUAUUUAUUUAUUUAUGUAUUUAUUUUGUCUUGAUUACCGUGGCAACUACCAUUGUAAAACCAUUGUUGCAUGUGGACGGUAGGGCAUCACGUGACUCUUUAUACCCAGUACCUCAGUCUGUUAUAGCCUAACUAUCCGCAGCUAGAUGUUCCUAACCAGCCACAGGUAGUCGGAGUAAAAUGUCACCUACCUGUUACUGACCUUAUACUACAGGAAAUAUCAUUUUGCAUGUGACGUGACUUUGUGUUGGACGUUUUGCUCUGUUUGGUUUUGUUUAACUUACUGCUGUUUAGUGUUGGCUGCACAUGUAAUUCUAUAUUUAUUGAUGGUCGUAGGUAAUAAAAUAAUGUUCCUCCCAUAAG